AGUCGACUCGGAUCUCUCGCAGAGGCAGGAGUGCCGACGCGAUUUUACGCGAUUACACCUGAUGUUUACCAUCGUGUUUAAUACGUGGCAAUAAUAAUUGUGCUUCGAGUAUUGUGAGAUUUGCUUUUUAGUGAAUUAGUCUUCUGCUCUGUGGUAAAGGGGAUGUUUCCUCUUCGUCGAUUCUAACGAUAAUUGGAUUAUCUGAAUGAAAAUCAGUGAUAGUGGUAAGCAGCGGGUGGUGAUUAAUGUUGAAAUAGAGGAAUAGAAAAGACGACCAGAAGAAUAGAAUGCCCAGCUGACGGAUACCCGAUCUUUUUAACACUCAAGUGGAACUGAAGAUUGCAGAGACGGUGGAAGGAUGUUGGGCGGCGUUGGAGGCCGACACCUCUCUACGCGCCGACGGGGCAGCAGUCCCAUGGUGCGCGGGGGCGUGGGCCCGAUGCCCUAUGGGGCCCAUCUGCUCCCGGGGGACGCCGCCGCGGUCCCUCCGGACGGACCCAGGUAUACCCGCCGACGCCGGGCUGUCACAACCAGCGACCACAAGAGCUGCGCACUUAUCCAGACCAGGCUCAAGCUGGGGGACAUCAUGUUGGCAGCAGCACAAGAGGCGGCUCAAAGGGAUCCUGGAUAUACGAGUCAGUACCGCCGAAGGCAGAGGUUGGCCGGACUGAGUGGUAUCGGUGACUGGACUAGCUUUGGAGGCGAGGUACCUGGUCUGGUCGUCAUGGCGCCAGGCCGCGAUCAGGGGGGCGGGGGUGGGGGCAACAAGAUCCCAUCGUCGUUGUUCAUAUUGAGCGAAGACAACUGUAUUCGGAAGCAUAUACGGUUUAUAAUCGAGUGGCCACCGUUCGAGUACACUGUCCUGCUUACCAUCAUUGCCAACUGCGUGGUGCUUGCUCUCGAGGAGCACCUGCCCUGCGACGACAAAACCGUCCUUGCUCUGAGCCUCGAAGACACCGAGAACUAUUUUCUGGCUAUCUUCUGCGUAGAGGCGAGCCUAAAAAUCCUGGCACUUGGCUUUGUUCUUCACCGUGGUUCCUAUCUCCGAAACGUCUGGAACAUCAUGGAUUUUUUUGUUGUUAUUACCGGGUCGAUGACGGUGUUCGCCGAAACGAACGUGGAUGUGGACCUCCGUAUGCUGCGUUCGUUCAGAGUCCUCAGACCACUAAAGCUGGUUUCAAAAAUUCCAAGCCUGCAAGUGGUGCUCAAAUCUAUCAUCAAGGCGAUGGCACCGUUGCUGCAGAUAGGCAUGCUGGUCUUGUUCGCCAUUAUUAUAUUUGCCAUCAUUGGUCUGGAAUUUUAUUCAGGCGCUCUGCACAAAACAUGCUACAGCAUAGAUGAUUUGGAGGUAGUGAUGAAGGAGGGAGAAACAGCCGUGCCGUGUUAUUCCGACAACGAGACAGAUCACCCCGAAGGUGCAUACGUAUGCAACGCCAGUCUUUCCACAUGCCUCGAGCACUGGGCAGGGCCGAACGAUGGAAUUACCAGCUUCGACAACAUCGGCUUCGCGAUGCUCACCGUUUUCCAGUGCAUCACUAUGGAGGGCUGGACUGCCAUAUUGUACUGGACAAACGACGCCCUAGGGAACAUGUUCAACUGGAUUUACUUUAUUCCCUUGAUAGUUCUUGGCUCUUUCUUCAUGCUCAACUUAGUUCUUGGUGUUCUCAGUGGUGAGUUUGCAAAAGAGAGAGAAAAAGUGGAAAACCGUCAAACGUUCUUGAAACUACGAAGGCAGCAGCAACUCGAAAGAGAACUCAAUGGCUACGUUGAGUGGAUCUGCAAAGCAGAGGAGGUAAUACUCGCUGAAGAAAGAACCACGGAGGAAGAGAAAAUGCACAUUAUAGAAGCGAGAAGAAGAGCAGCCGCGAAAAGAAAAAAAUUAAAAAACCUCGGAAAAAGCAAAAGUACCGACACCGAAGAGGAGGAGGGUGAAGAUGACCCGGAUGAUGGGUUUUCGAGAGCUUCCUACCUCAAGUCUAAGGUGAAAAACAAAGGUGCUUGUCUACAAUUCUGGCGAGUGGAGAAAAGAUUUCGCUUCUGGAUUCGUCACACUGUUAAAACACAGUGGUUCUACUGGUUUGUGAUCGUUCUUGUGUUCUUCAAUACCGCAUGCGUGGCGGUCGAACAUUAUGACCAGCCAACUUGGCUCGAACAGUUUCUAUAUUACGCAGAGUACGCGUUCCUCGCUCUAUUCAUGAUGGAGAUGUUCAUAAAAAUGUAUGCACUUGGUCCACGUAUCUACUUCGAGUCGAGCUUCAAUCGAUUUGAUUGCGUCGUCAUAUCCGGGUCAAUAUUUGAGGUGAUCUGGUCGGCAGUUAAGGAAGGCUCUUUUGGCCUCUCCGUCCUGCGAGCUCUUAGGCUCCUCCGAAUUUUCAAAGUCACCAAGUACUGGGCCAGUCUGAGGAACCUCGUAAUAUCACUGCUCAAUUCUAUGCGCAGCAUCAUUUCUCUCCUCUUCCUGCUCUUCCUCUUCAUACUGAUCUUUGCGCUGCUCGGUAUGCAGCUCUUCGGUGGUCAGUUCAACUUUGACGAAGAGGAGACACCUCCUACAAAUUUCAACACAUUUCCUAUCGCGCUGCUUACUGUCUUCCAAAUAUUGACUGGUGAAGACUGGAACGAAGUGAUGUAUCAGGGCAUCAAUUCUCAAGGUGGCUACAAAAAGGGAAUGGUAUAUUCCCUGUAUUUUAUAAUAUUAGUGUUGUUUGGCAACUACACACUGCUGAAUGUAUUCUUGGCCAUCGCCGUCGACAAUCUUGCUAACGCUCAGGAAUUAACCGCCGCGGAAGAGGAACAAGAAGAGGAAGAUAAAGAGAAACAGAUGCAAGAAUUAGAAAAAGAAAUGGAGGCAUUGCAAAUGGGAGCCGAUGGGACAGCGCCAAAUGUGGAAAUAUGUCCGCCAAGUCCGACGCAAGAUUUUAAAAGUGGGAAAGGUAAAAAGCAAGCCUCCGAGGAGAAGAAACAAGACGAUGAAGACGACACGGGACCAAAACCAAUGCUGCCAUACUCCUCCAUGUUUAUAUUAUCCCCAACAAAUCCCAUAAGGAGAGGUGCCCAUUGGGUGGUGAAUCUACGUUACUUUGACUUUUUCAUAAUGAUCGUGAUAAUCCUGUCCAGCGUGGCGUUGGCCGCAGAAGAUCCAGUGACCGAAGGAUCGACACGAAACUAUGUGUUGAAUUGUUUCGAUCAUGCAUUCACAGGAGUGUUUGCCAUAGAAAUGAUACUGAAAAUUAUUGACUUGGGCGUAAUAUUGCACCCUGGAUCGUAUUUGCGAGAAUUUUGGAACGUUAUGGAUGCGGUUGUAGUGAUAUGUGCGGGAGUUUCGUUCGUCUUUUCUAAGCUGAACGAUACCACGUCUUCGACGUCGAUGGGUCAAAAUUUGUCGACUAUAAAAUCUCUCCGCGUCCUGAGGGUGUUGAGGCCACUUAAAACUAUUAAAAGAGUGCCGAAAUUAAAAGCAGUGUUUGACUGUGUUGUGAACAGUUUAAAGAAUGUUAUAAAUAUUCUCAUAGUGUAUAUAUUGUUCCAGUUUAUUUUUGCUGUUAUUGCUGUACAGCUGUUUAAUGGAAAGUUUUUUUAUUGCAACGACGAAAGCAAGUACACAAAGGACGACUGCAAGGGUCAAUAUUUCAAAUUCGAACAUGGGGCGUUGUUACCUGUUCCAAAAAAUCGGACCUGGGAUACCCAACACUUUUACUACGACAAUGUGAUGGUUGCUAUGCUUACCUUAUUUGCGGUACAGACGGGGGAAGGCUGGCCUCAAGUUUUACAAAAUUCGAUGGCUGCGACACACGAGGAUAAGGGUCCUAUUCAAAAUUUUAGGAUUGAAAUGUCGAUUUUCUACAUAGUUUAUUUCAUAGUAUUUCCAUUCUUCUUUGUCAACAUCUUCGUGGCCUUAAUCAUCAUCACAUUCCAAGAGCAGGGUGAAGCUGAAUUGCAGGAUGGUGAAAUAGACAAAAAUCAGAAAUCUUGUAUUGAUUUCACGAUACAAGCAAGACCACUGGAAAGGUAUAUGCCAAACAAACGGAACAGUGUGAAGUACAAAAUUUGGCGGGUCGUAGUUUCAACGCCGUUUGAGUAUUUCAUUAUGAUUCUCAUCGUUCUCAACACCCUGCUGCUUAUGAUGAAGUACCACGCUCAGCCCGACCCGCAAAAGUUAGUACUGAAGUACAUGAACUGGGGUUUCACCGGGAUGUUCACCAUCGAGUGCACUAUGAAGAUUGCCGCAUAUGGUUUUAGGAACUUCUUCAAAGAUCCAUGGAAUACGUUCGACUUCAUUACAGUGAUUGGAAGUAUCGUCGAUGCUCUCGUAAUUGAGUUCGGGGAAAAUUUCAUCAACGUCGGCUUUCUGAGAUUGUUUCGAGCUGCAAGGUUGAUCAAACUUCUACGGCAAGGAUAUACCAUACGAAUUCUCUUGUGGACUUUCGUACAAUCAUUCAAGGCCCUGCCGUACGUUUGUCUUUUAAUUGCCAUGCUGUUUUUCAUCUACGCGAUCAUCGGAAUGCAGGUGUUUGGUAACAUCAAACUGGAUUCUUCAACAGCCAUUUCGAAGCACAACAAUUUCCAAAGCUUUAUACAAGGACUGAUGUUACUGUUUAGAUGCGCUACCGGCGAGGCAUGGCCGAACAUUAUGCUGGCAUGUAAGAAGGGCCGUCCGUGUGCUCAGCCAAAAGAAGAUAAUGCUGCGGAAGGCUGCGGCUCAAACCUCACGUAUGGUUACUUCGUCUCGUUCAUCUUCUUUUGCUCGUUUCUGAUGCUGAAUUUGUUCGUUGCCGUCAUCAUGGACAACUUCGACUACUUAACAAGAGACUCAUCCAUAUUGGGCGCCCAUCAUUUGGAUGAGUUUGUAAGAAUAUGGGCCGAAUACGACCCGAAUGCAACGGGAAAAAUACAUUACACCGAAAUGUAUGACAUGUUGAAAAACAUGGAUCCGCCUUUGGGGUUUGGCAACAAAUGUCCAAACAGACUGGCGUAUAAGAAAUUGAUUAGAAUGAACAUGCCGGUAGAUGUAGAUGGAAAAGUUAACUUUACUACGACCCUGUUUGCACUCAUUCGUGAAAACUUGAGCAUCAAAAUGAGAACAGCGGAAGAAAUGGAUCAAGCUGACGAUGAGCUCAGAGUUACUAUUCAAAACAUCUGGCCAUUGCAAGCACGGAAAAUGCUGGAUCUUUUGAUACCAAAGAAAGAUGAGCUAAACAAGGAUAAAUUAACAGUGGGUAAGAUAUAUGCAGCUCUCCUGAUCCUUGAAAGCUGGAGGACAACAAGGUUUGGUCAAAUAGAAGCAACUGGACCACAGAAUGAUAACGAUCAUAUCGAUAACGAUAAUGCCGGGCAAAGUCCUGCAGCCCAGGCGGUACGUUCAACCUUCUUCAACUGUCUCCUGGAUAUGGCCGGCGUCAACCAUACUGGAGGAAAUAAUCACGGCACGCAACCCGGUGAUAGCCGAGCUAAUAGCUUAGAGCCCCCGCCAGGACCAAGCGGGGACUUGAGAGGGGAGCGCAGAGAGCUAAGGGAUGAAGAAGAAGGGGCCCUAGGGGCUCUUGCUGCCGCCGAGCAAAGACGACAGCGUAGCAUCAGGAACAAAAAGGUGAACUGGAUUGUGUCCCAUCCGUACGAUAAACUAGGCAGCAGCGGAGAGAGUAGCCAGGGAGGGGGUGGGAGUGGGGGUGUAGUUAACAACCUCGAUCGAGCUCCCGAGCUAGAACCGUUGUUAGCCGAGCCCUCUCAGGAGUACCUACGCUACGAUAACAGCUACCACCGACCCUCGUACUACCAACACCACCAGAACACCACUUUCGUACCUCGCUCCUCAAUCCGUUACCUCAAGAUGGAGCUACAGGACGUGGUAGUUAGCGAAUCUCGAGCUGGGAGCCUUGAAAGUUUAACGCAUCCUGGCGAAAGGCUGCACCCUCAUCAUCCAAUAUCUCAACAGAGACAUCAUUCUAGGUCACCCAGCUUAAGAAAACACUCUCCGAUCUUGCAUAGAUCGCCAUCGCCCAGACGGCAUAGAUACGAUCAUCGUGUUCAUCAUUAUCACGAGGGUCCCGGAUUCAGCGACACAGUUAGUAACGUCGUUGACAUUCAAAGGCACUCACAGCAUCCACAUGGCUCCCAGUAUAAUCAUCGGCAUAGAGUACGAGACUAUUACGACUUCUGCAACUAUUACGACGAUGGUUCGUGGAGCGCCUCGACGAGUCCAGCCAGAUCACCCAGCCCGGUUCACAGGAUGGGUCACAGUCAACAUUACGGAACUACGAGCCUCGAGCAGCGGUCCCGGUCACCGAGUCCCGUCGGUGGGCGACAACCGGCGCACACGCAUCACCCUCACCAGCACAGCUAUCCGGUCCUCGUUACCAGAAGAGGUCAAGGUAGAAGGUUGCCGCCAACCCCUAACAAGCCGUCGACCCUCCAGCUGCAGCCUGCGAACAUAAACUUUCCAAAGUUGAACGCAUCGCCGACUCACGGACCACACGUGACGCAUGCACCGCAAAACUCGCACGUACCUCCUCCCACGAUACCCUUGAGCCAUUGCCCGUUGAGCUUCGAACAAGCUGUGGCAAUGGGCAGAGGUGGAAGGCUGCUACCGAGUCCGGUGCCGAACGGCUACAAGCCGCCACCCUCGCAGCCGAAGCAGAGAGCGCCGAGAUCAAGGCACUCGGACAGCGACGAAGACGAUUGGUGCUAGCCAAUAUGGGACCCUGGAUUGUCGAGUGAAGAACUGGACUUACCUAGGGAUUUGUCGGUAUGCGCGUAGUGAGAAUAUGAAUUUUCGUGUCUCGGUAUUUUAAAUGCGGUCGCUCGUGACGCGGAGGACGCUAAGUAAAUAUAAAUAUAAAUAACGACAACAAUAAUAAUAAUAAUAAUAAUAAUAAUAAUAACAAUAACAACAACAACAACAACAACAAUAAUAAUAAUAAUAACGAACUGCCGAGAGCUACGGGAAAAGUUUCGACGUAUAAUGUAUAGUAAGAGGUGAAAAAUCAAAUUGUUGUAUUAAUCAGCUGUUUUAUCCUCAUUAUGAUUAUCGUUAUUUUCUUCGAUCGAUUUGUCACCUCAAAAGUCCGGUGAACGAACUUCGUUGUGACUGCAAAAUUUUUCAUCUUCAAACUUCCAGGAAGCAGACUUGUGUGAGGAAAGAAAAAAACAAAGUGCUAAGAACUCUUUAAAAAAUUCUCUAGUAUAAAAAUUUACCAAAGGCUUGUUUUAUAAAAGAACGAACUGAUAAUAAGACAGAAGACUUUGGAAAAUACGUUAUGUAAAUUUUCCGUAUGAAGAUACAUCGUGCGCCGGUGAUCAGUAAAGAGAGUUAAAAAAAUUUGAAAAAAAAAAAUCAUAAACUUUCAAAACAAACCUGCCAGAAUAGAUCAUUCGAAUUUGUACGGAAUCGCUAACUGAAUCUUCAUAUGCAAUACCGGUUAUAUUACAAUCAAACCCUUUCAUUCUUUAAACACAAAGUAUGUCUAGAAUUGAUAUGACAACUCAUUUAUCAGGGUAUAAUCACGAUGAGAGUCGUGCUCUUAAUGAACGUGAAUAUAUUUUAAUCAUAGAAUGGCAAAUUUUAAUUACUUCGUUAGUUUCUCUAAAACACAUCUCUCAUUAUCUAGAAUCGGAAAGUUUACAAACAAUUUUUACUUCAGUUUCUUACUGGCCAUUUAUCAAAACUGAAUGCUUGAAUCAUUGUUACGUUCGUUCUCGGCACGGACAAUGUGUAUUUAUCAUCAAUGCAUGAGCUGCAAAUCUAAGUACAUUUUUCGUUUAGAUUUAUUGUCAUUGAUACGAUGGAGAAAUAUUAGCUAAAAAAAUAAGAAAAAUCAACAAUGGUGAUUGAAAAGUGUAUAGCCAAAUUGGUUUACUCUACGCUGCAAUUAGCGACAUUCGUAACCCAAUUCUUAAUGUGUUUAUUCACUAAUAGUUAGACUUCAUCAGUCAGCGGCAUUUCAUUAAAUAAGUCAAAAUACGCUGUGAGAUAUAUGAAAUUAAGCAUAUGCCUGCAGAGUGAUCAUCAUCAAUGAAAAAUAACAACAGUUGUGAAUACCGAUCAAGGUGUGACUAUAAACCAUGCAUAGAUUUAUUCAAGUUUUUUACCUUAGCCUUUUUUUCUAGUACGAUUUUUCAAAAUUCGAGAUUAGGUGUAACGGAAAAAUACUUUGAAAAGCAUACGGAGUUCACAAUCAGUACAAUUCACUAGUUUAAUUUUCAAAUUGUGUUGUUACGUUAUUCGGCAAAAUCCUGUACGCGUCUACAUAUAUGUGUAUUUGCAGUUACAAUUUGUUGUUUAUUUCUAACCAUUUUAACGUGUAAAGUUCAGACAUGACGCACGAGUUAUGCUGACAAAAACAUGACACGUGACACACACACAGACACAAAAAUGUACAAGUUUUAUUCCAGUUUAAAUACAUAAAAUCCUAGUCAACGAACUAAAUCAUUAUCAACGUAAAAAAAAAAAAAAAACAUUCUUAUGAAUCUCUGCACUUGUAAAAUAUUGCAUAUAAAUUACUAUAACACGUGCUACGUAUUACUAAACAUAAUAAUAAAUAAUAAUACAUUUAUUUAUAAAAUAAUUAAACUUGUCCUUUCGGGAUAUUAACACGUUAUAUACUGCCAAUCGUACGAGGUGUUUAAGAAAGAAGUUUGGUACGAAAUGAGUAGAAUUGUCUCCAUGAAAAAGUUAGUUUUCAGUAUUUCAUGCUUGCGUGGGGCAAAUCUGUGUGAAACGCGUAUAUAUGUAGUAUAUUGAUAUGGUCAGGCUAACGCAACCAUUGCGUUGUGUUAAGAGACUUUUAAAGACUGCAGUCGCAUAUUUAUAUAUCGUUUGCAAUAUGAUUAUUGGAUACUCGAUACGUGGAUUUUGCAUCCUUUUUUUAUCUACCGACAAGAGCGAAAGGAUCGAUCACCGAUUCAAAUGUUCCGAACUUGAAACAUUUAAAACGUGGCAGCAGAGCUACCGCAUAUAAUUUGAAUUUGUAUCCCGAACGGAGCAAGCAAUAUUUGCAGAUAUUUCUGAAUUAAAAUACGUACUUUUAUUGAUCAGAGAUUCAACAAAAUAAACCUUAUAAACUGCGAACCUUGUAUCGUUAUAGUGAAAAUGCUUAUUAACGUGAUAUCAUUGUUUCUGCGUAUGAUUGGUAGAUGUUUGCUAACACAGUAUUUCAAAAUUGGGAAUCAGUUUGUUUCUUGAAUGAGGGGCACAUUGAAAAAAAAAGAAAGAAUGCAAACUCCAUGCAUCAAGAUAUCAUUAAAGCAUAUUGAAUUCCAUAUACAUCGAGUCUUGGGAAUCAUGCAUACAUUGCAUUUGAUUAUAUAUCGGUUCAUGGUCCAUAAUAUCUCGAUUCAGUCUCCGUGGAUUUGGCGCGAAACAAUUUCAAAUAUUAGCACGUUGUCGGCACUAUCCAAAUGCAUGUAUGCAUUUUAUCUAAAGACUGUACUUAGGAAGCAAGCACUUUACAAGCCUCUUAAUUUAGUCACGCUGAUUUUGAAUCAGAACCGCGUGAUUCCUUCCCUUAAGUGCUUUUACCAACUCAAUCGUACUUCGUAUGUCCCAUAAUGUUGCUAUGAGUAUAAAGAAAAAAAAAAGAAAAAAAAAACAAAUAUUGAAAAUCUCGUUCAUUCCUCAUUGAAAAAAAAUCAUGGAUGUACUUAACAGGAAUUCAUCCAAAAA